AUCUAUGAGAUAGAUGCUUUAAAGGAAGAAGAAGGAAACAAAUAUACAUUUCAUGUCAUGUCAGGUUCCAGUUUCCAGACAUCAAAAAGUUUUCCAUGUUAAAUAAACAAUUAUUUUAUAGAAAAUUAUCGUUGUCUACGUGUUAAAGUGUACAUGAAUUAAUCCUCCUUGCGUAUGAUUGAAGAACAAGGCGAUCGUGUCUUGAUCGUCUGUACGUCAGGAAAAUGCAAUCGACUCUGGUUCGCCUACAAGGUAUAUUGUGAUAAUACAAAGUGUACUGAUUGGAAUAAUGCAAUCAAAUAGUAAAACCAGAGAGAUGUUCAUACUGAGGGCACUGGAGAAGAUCUUGAAUGAUAAAGAAAUUAAAAGAUCCCACCAGUCACAGCUAAAAGUGGCCUGUGAAAUUGCACUCGAGGAACUUAAAAAUGAAACCCAUCCUUCACCAGAGAUCGAUACAUCGGAGAAGGUUUCCGAUGCCCUUCCCUUGCCGAAGAGUGGCGAGGUGAACGCUUUAACCACAGAAAAAUACUUUCUACCUUUUGAGCUGGCUUGCCAAAGCAAAUCAGCGCGAAUUGUAACAACUGCUUUGGAUUGCCUGCAGAAAUUGAUCGCUUAUGGGCAUUUGACGGCCAAUGUACCCGACUCUACUACUCCAGGAAAAUUAUUAAUUGAUCGAAUUGUCGAAACAAUUUGUGCUUGCUUUACUGGCCCUCAAACCGAUGAAGGUGUUCAGUUACAAAUAAUAAAGGCACUGUUGACUGUCGUCACCAGCCAACAUGUAGAAGUGCACGAAGGAACCGUUUUGCUGGCAGUGAGAACAUGUUACAACAUUUUCCUUGCCAGCAAGAAUUUAAUCAACCAAACGACAGCUCGGGCCACAUUGACUCAAAUGUUGAAUGUAAUUUUCACCAAGAUGGAACUGGAGGCCGAAAUGCACCCAGAAUUACAAUCCAACGAGAAACUGAUAGUAACCGAUGGCCAGACAAACGGGGAUAUAAAGGAUAACAAAGACGAUGGUGAGCCAAAAGAGGUUGUAGACAGGAUACGAGUUGAUGACUGCGAUCUAUCGAAAGAUCUUAAGUUAGAAAGUCAGCAAAUAGCAAGCGAUAUCUUGGCUGUGAUUAUAGAUGGAGUUCUGUCGGACGUCGACAACAAAUUAACUACAUCGUCAUCAGUAACUUCUGUAAAUUCGAUUGAAGAAACCAAGAGCGUGUCCUCUUCAAUUGCCAGAGUGCCUUCUCAGGAGAGCCUCACAACCAACAGCGAAAACGAUGCAGCGGUGACCGCCAAGUUCACGCACAUUCUGCAAAAGGACGCGUUUCUCGUUUUUAGAGCGCUCUGCAAAUUGUCCAUGAAACCGCUGCCCGAGGGUACCCCCGAUCCUAAGUCUCAUGAACUGCGUUCUAAAAUCCUUAGUCUACAGCUGCUGCUCUCCAUUUUGCAAAAUGCUGGUCCGGUUUUUCGGUCUAAUGAAAUGUUUAUCACCGCCAUAAAACAGUACCUUUGCGUAGCGCUUAGCAAGAACGGUGUUAGUUCGAUUCCGACAGUCUUUGAGCUGUCGCUGGCCAUCUUUCUGGCAUUGCUCUCCAAUUUUAAGCUGCAUCUAAAAAUGCAGAUCGAAGUUUUUUUCAAGGAGAUCUUUCUUAAUAUUUUGGAAACUUCAAACUCGUCAUUCGAGCACAAGUGGAUGGUCAUCCAGGCAUUGACCAGAAUCUGUGGAGAUGCCCAGAGUGUGGUGGAUAUCUAUGUUAACUAUGACUGUGAUCUAGCAGCCGCUAACUUGUUUGAGAGAUUAGUCAAUGAUUUGUUCAAAGUUGCUCAAGGACGACACGCGCAGGAAUUAGGAGCCUCCCCGAAUCAGGAGCGCACUAUGAAGCUACGGGGAUUGGACUGCCUAGUGUCGAUUUUAAAGUGUAUGGUUGAAUGGAGUAAGGAUUUAUACGUGAACCCUAACUUGCAGAGUACUGUGGGGGCACCGCAAAUAACUCACGAAAAAGAUUCGGUUUCGCUAAAGAGCCACAGCGGCAGUAUUGAAAGUCUGGAUUCCAACGAUAGCGGAAACAAGGAGGUACUGGAUUCACCAGAACAAUUCGAGGUUCUGAAGCAGCAAAAGGAGGUUUGGGAAUCGGGAAUCGACAUGUUUAACCGAAAAACUCGCAAAGGAAUAUUAUAUCUGCAAGAACACGGUUUACUUGGUGGUACCCAGGAAGAAAUAGCGGCCUUUUUGCACUCCGAAGAUCGUCUGGACAAGACUAACAUUGGCGACUUUCUUGGAGAUAAUGACGAUUUCUGUAAGGAAAUCAUGUAUACCUAUGUGGAUCAGAUGGAUUUUGUACAAAUGGAUUUUGUUGCUGCAUUAAGGCACUUUUUGGAAGGCUUCAGGCUGCCCGGGGAGGCCCAGAAAAUCGAUAGAUUGAUGGAGAAAUUCGCUAGUCGGUACUGUGAGUGCAACCCUAACAACGGCCUUUUCUCCAGUGCCGACACCGCCUAUGUCUUGGGCUUUUCCAUCAUUAUGCUCACGACGGACUUGCAUUCGCCCCAAGUUAAGAACAAAAUGACCAAGGAGCAGUACAUUAAACUAAAUAGAGGCAACACGGACUGUAAAGAGGUACCCGAGGAAUAUCUGUCCCAGAUCUACGAUGAGAUAGCUGGUCACGAAAUCAAAAUGAAAAAUACGAUAAAUAAACCGGGCAAGCAACAAAUUAACAGCGAGAAGCGUCGAAAAAUUUUAUUCAAUAUGGAAAUGGAGGCAAUUUCCAGCGCAGCUAAGAAUCUAAUGGAGUCCGUUUCUCACGUGCAAGCACCCUUCACAUUGGCAAAGCAUCUUGAACACGUGAGACCUAUGUUCAAAAUGGCCUGGACUUCAUUCUUGGCUGCUUUCAGCGUCGGUUUGCAGGACUGCGAUGAUCCAGACGUAGCAUCUCUCUGUCUGGACGGAAUUCGCUGCGCCAUACGAAUUGCUUGCAUUUUUCACAUGACCCUAGAACGAGAUGCCUACGUGCAGGCCUUAGCACGCUUUACGCUGCUGACCGCAACGUCGCCCAUCAUGGACAUGAAGGCGAAGAAUAUAGAUACGAUUAAAACGUUAAUAAUGGUUGCCCAUACCGAUGGAAACUAUCUGGGAACCUCGUGGCUAGACAUUUUAAAGUGCAUUUCGCAACUGGAACUGGCUCAGCUGAUCGGCACGGGGGUGCGACCUGAAUUUCUAUCAGGUCCUGGUCACAAACCACCGGACCCAAGUUAUAAGGAACAUAUCGGUCAAACAAGUUCCCAAAGCGUGGUGGUGGCUGUCGAUCGAAUAUUCACUGGGUCAAUUCGCCUGGAUGGCGAUGCUAUAGUGCACUUCGUAAAAGCAUUGUGUCAGGUGUCGUUGGAUGAAUUGGCCCAUCCAGGGCAUCCCAGAAUGUUCUCAUUGCAAAAGAUCGUAGAAAUCUCAUACUACAACAUGGGCAGAAUCCGAUUGCAAUGGUCGAGGAUCUGGCAAGUGCUGGGUGAGCAUUUUAACACAGUGGGUUGCAGUCGCAAUGAGGAGAUCUGCUUUUUCGCGGUAGACAGUCUGCGGCAACUGUCCAUGAAAUUUAUUGAAAAGGGUGAGUUCUCCAACUUCCGCUUCCAGAAGGACUUCUUGCGUCCCUUCGAGCACAUUAUGAAGAAAAACGUAUCUUCCACCAUUCGGGACAUGGUCGUUCGGUGCGUUGCUCAAAUGGUCAACUCCCAAGCCAGCAAUAUAAAGUCCGGCUGGAAAAACAUUUUUUCCGUAUUUCAUCUGGCGGCAGGUGACCAAGAAGAGGCAAUUGUGGAGCUGGCCUUUCAAACCACCGGCAAAAUUAUAUCCGAACUGUACGAUCGGCAAUUUGCAUCGAUGAUAGACUCGUUCCAAGACGCGGUUAAAUGUUUGUCGGAGUUCGCGUGCAAUGCUCGAUUUCCAGACACGUCGAUGGAAGCCAUCCGACUGGUCAGAUCCAGCGCAUGUAGCGUUGCGGCCGCACCCAACUUAUUUGCCGAACAUGCAGGAAUGGAAACCGACAUCAGUAUAAGCGAAGAGGAUCGCGUGUGGGUACGCGGUUGGUUUCCUCUGCUCUUCUCGCUGUCCUGCGUUGUUAACCGAUGCAAGUUGGAUGUGCGAACGCGCGCCCUCACCGUGCUUUUCGAAAUUAUCAAAACCAACGGGGAUAGUUUCAAGGUGCACUGGUGGCGGGAUUUAUUCAAAAUCCUGUUUCGCAUCUUUGACAAUAUGAAAUUGCCUGAAAAGCACACGGACAAGGCCGAGUGGAUGACUACCACGUGUAACCAUGCCCUAUAUGCCAUCGUCGACGUUUUCACUCAGUACUUUGAUGUUUUGGGGCCGUUGCUGUUGGAGGAUUUGUACGCGCAACUUCACUGGUGCGUGCAACAGGACAACGAGCAAUUGGCAAAAUCAGGAACCAAUUGUUUAGAAAACUUAGUCAAUUCCAAUGGUAACAAGUUCACUGAGGACACGUGGGAUAAAACGUGUCAAUGUAUGUUGGAUAUUUUUGAAUCUACAAUACCAACGGCUCUUCUCACCUGGAAACCCGACUCUAUGAAGACUAUCGCCGUGAUAGAGCAGAACGGCGAGGCCGCCGCCGCCGCCACCGUGAAAAGCAUCCUGAAACGGUCGGUCAGUUUUGCGGAUCAACAGCCGGGAAGCGCUGAGGUGGCCCUCUUUCAAAGUUUAGAAAUCAAAAGUGUUGUGCAACUCGAGCUGAUCCAGACUAUCGACAAUAUCGUUUUUUAUCCGGCGACGUCCCGUAAAGAGGAUGCCGAGACGCUGGCGCUCGCCGCUGCUGACAUGGCCGGAAAUGGCGGCCUUACCGAGUGCCAGAGAGAGGAACAGGGAAUGUAUCGUUUGCUCAGUUCGCCGCACUUGCUAAAGCUAACCGAGUGCCUGCAGCAAUCUCAUCGGUUUGCCAAAGCGUUCAAUCUGAAUCAUGAGCAGCGCAACCUAUUGUGGAAGGCUGGCUAUCGAGGCUCAGUAAAGCCCAACCUCCUAAGACAGGAAACUCAGAGCUUAGCUUGCUUACUCAGAAUUUUAUUCAAAAUGUACAGUGACGAAGGAAGGCGGCAACACUGGCAUUUGAUUGAGGAGAGGUUGAUAGAGGUCUGCCAGGAGGCGUUUGACUACUUCUUGCAGCUGCAGAGCGAGACGCAUCGAGAGGCGUGGACGUCUCUACUCUUACUAGUGCUGACCAGGAUGCUGAAAAUGCCUGAUAGUCGCUUUGCUGUGCACGUAUCGAAGUACUACACAUAUCUAUGUGAAAUUGUUUGCUUCGAUCUAAAAGCUGAGCUGCGCUCGAUAUUGAGACGAGUUUUUCUCCGAAUUGGUCCAGUGUUCCACAUAACACGAGCUGCGGCUUAGGCACAUUUUCAGAUAGAUGUCGACAGUUGUAUAUAAUAAUCAUGAAAACCAAAAUUUCCGACGUAUGCGAACUCUUUAGUCAUUCUCCAAGUAAACAGGGUUGCACAUAAUGGUAGAGUGCCAGCGGCAUAAAAAGUAGGCGACUUCUAUUCAAAGUUGUUUAGGCUCAUCACUAGUCGAGAUUUAAUUAAUUAAGAAUACUGUUUAUUAACGUUGACAAAUUAAUUUUUUUAGAAUUAUUGCUAGAUAUUUAAGAGGCCGAUUGCCGAGAUUUUAUGUAAAAUAAUUGUUUCUUUAAUAAAAAACAAUUGCGGUUCCAAGCUGAAAUGAACGUAAUGAAAAUCAA